AGGUACGGCUGUGCUCCAAAUGCUCGCGAAAGCUGAACUAUAAAGCCACAAAGAGGAAAGCAAAACAGCAGAAAAGACAAUUGUCUGAAGAUAAGAGGAAUGACCGAAGACACAGCAAUGACCCAAAGUCUGGGGGAAGUUGGAGGGGUGACGAACGUGACAAUGACUCACAAAGGGACAGUGAGAGGGAACAAGUCAAAAGACCAAGAGAUGGAUCGCGUGACGAAGGCAGCGAUGAGGGUUGCGAUGCGGAUGUCAAGAGAUUAAAAGCAAAACACAAAGCACCCACCAAGUCUGGUAGGUCUCCCUCGCUCUCUGAUAGUGAUGGCGAUGGCGACAGUGUCGACAAUGCGAAGGCUACAGCGAGCAAUGUGUGGCAGAAGGGCCGAGAUAAAGACCAAGACGAGCUCAGAGAGGAAGAGAUGGAUGACUACUUGCAGGACCUGUUCUUUUGAGCUAUGUAUAGUAUGUCUGUUCAUCUAACUGUAUUGAUAUGUGUAUGUGUUUACGUGACAUCAUGUAUACAUGUCUACAUACACACAUAAGGCACAAGUUCACGCCGACGCGGUGAAGUGAGUGAAAAAAUAACAACAGAUUCUCUCCGGGUGUCUUGUGCUAAGAACGUCAAUGUGAACCACGUAGGAAAUCAUGCCGGCGAGAGUAUGAAGAUUGCGC